AUGGCAAAGUUUGCAAACCAGAAGCGCCACAGUGUCCAGAAGUCCUUCACAACCGAAAGCGUCCAUCUAGGCACACUCGUUCACCCUGCGGGUGAUCUGCUGGUCUUAAAGCUUGGACACCGAGACAUUCCAUAUCCAAAUGCACCAGUACUGUUUGAGAAGCAGCAAAUUGGCAAAAUAGACGAAGUUUUCGGUCCGGUGGACGAUGUUUAUGUAUCAGUUAAGCUAGAUCCAAGCAGGAAGGCUGCGGAUUUCACUGCCAAUUCCAAGUUUGAGGCAUACAAGGAUAAGUUCAUUUUCAAGGACAGGUUUCUUCCAAGAGAAGAAGUUGAAAAAAACAAAGAAAGCAACGAUAAAAAGAGAGCGGUAAAAGAUAAGAAUGGUGCCAAUUCUAAAAAAAAGCUUAAUUUUCCAAAGCAAAAAGGUAAAUUUGACAAUCGGUCAUUCGGCAGGAACAAAUCUGACAAAAAAUUCCACAAAAGCAGCAGAAAAUUUGUCUGA